UACGAGUUUAUAAGGACCACCAGUUUCUUUCGUUGAUGAUUUUGCCAGCACUGAACCGCUAUGUAGCAGGGACCGUGUUCACGUGACCCAUACUAGACCUACCGCCGUUUCGCGUCGAGUGUCUCCAGGACACGCGAUUGUACUGGUAGUUACGACACGAUGUCCGAACCAACGCCCUUCCCGCUCCCCGCCUCGUUCCCACCAACUGACACACUCUACUACCCCGCAACCCACAAUGCCUCGACCGCGCCGCUGCUCCUCUUCCUCCCGGGCAACCCCGGGCUAAUAAACUACUACCGCACCUUCCUCUCAACGCUCCACACACUGCACCCGCACCUAACCAUCCUCGGCGCGUCGCACGCGGGGUUCACGCCGACCGCAUCGUCGACACGGCACAGCGCGUCGUGGGCAUGGACGUGGGGACCCGGCCCAUUUGACCUGUCCAUGCAAGUCUCACUAAAGCGCACUUUGCUAUCGCACGCCAUGUCUGUGCUCCCCGCCUGUGCAGACGGUUCCCCGCGCCGCGUGCUGCUAAUGGCGCACUCGAUGGGCGCGUACCUCUCGCUGGAGCUGAUCUCGUCGCUGCAGUGCACGCCGGCAGACGAGCUGCGCAUAGUCGGCGGAAUAAUGCUGUUCCCAACCGUCAUGCAUAUCGCGCGCUCGCCGCAGGGCCGCGCCAUGGCGCCGUUCCUGCGGAGUAAGCUGGUGCAGGCGGCGGCGGGGUGGGGGGCGUACGCCGCUUCGUGGUUGCCGGUGGGCGUGGUAAGGGGCGUGGUGAGGGGGGUUACGGGACAGACUAGAGAGGCCGCUGGUGUUACCGCCGUGUUGGUCGCUGAUCCGAGUGUCCUAAGACAGACGAUCAGGCUCGCUGCGGAGGAGAUGGAAGUUAUCGAUCAGGAUAGGUGGGGCGAGGAGGUGUGGAAUGCGGGCGGAAUUGGAGGGGCGGAGGCGGGGAAGGGCGGGAUGGUGUUUGUGUUUGGCCAAGGGGAUUGGUGGGUCGCCGAGAAGACUAGAGAGGAGAUCUUGGAGAUGAGGGGGAAUGGGAAGGGAGGUGGCGCACGCGUGGUGCUUGAGGAGAGGGGGUUGCCACAUGGGUUCUGUAUUCACCAUGGCGAGGUCAUGGCUGAGCUCUGUGGGAGCUGGUUGAGUGAUAUUCUGGGGGAAUAGAUAGAGUACUAGGUAGAUCGUAACGCAGGAAAGAUACAGAUAGGCAGUUUUAGAAUGAUGACAUGAUUUUCACGAGUGUGUGAGGUAUGGUGAAAAGUGAACACG